GCGUAUGAAGGUGACAUCGUCACGAGAAACCCUCAUCGUCGAUGGAAACAGAUAGAACGUCCCGUUCGUCGGCCAGGAGCUGGCAGCGUGGAAGUUAUCGCGGCCGGAGCGGAAGACGGCGGAAACGCAAGCGGAAACUGUGGGGUGAGCGGAUCGCCGACUGGACCAGGGCACUGAUAGCCUUCCUCUUCAGUAACGUCGGCAUCGUGUGUCUGGUAGUGGGCUACACUAUAGCGGGUGCCUUCCUAUUCACCCACAUCGAGGGUAGAAGUUUGGAUGCCGGCAGCGUUAUCAAGUUAAGAAAUUUUACGGCCGCUACUCUUUGGGAGCUUACUUCCAAGGAAAAUGUAUUCUCGGAAAAACUCUGGAAGGCAAAGGUGAGAGACAUUCUCGAGAAUUACCAGAAAAAAGUGGUGUUAGCCAUAAAAAAUGGAUACGAUGGCGUGGAGGAAAAUAAGUGGACUUUUGCCGGUGCUUUUCUAUAUUCCCUUACCGUGAUAACGACUAUCGGUUACGGCAACAUUUGUCCCAGGACAAAAUGGGGCAAAGUCGCGACUAUAGUGUACGCAAUAAUAGGGAUGCCACUUUUCCUCCUGUAUCUCAGCAAUAUCGGCGACAUUCUGGCCAGAAGCUUCAAAUGGACCUACGCCCGCUGUUGCUUGUGCAAAUGUCGAAGAAGACCAUACGAUGCGACAAGCGCGAGAGCGUCGGAGAUAUCCAAUGAUCCUGCUGUGAAAAGAGAUCGAUGGCAGGUUGUAAGCACGUAUGGCGGGGAAGUAGAUACGUCGAGCUUGGAUGCAGAAGAAACUUUGCCUAGAGACGACGACAACGGUGCAGGCGUUAACGAAGGCGACGGGAACGACGAAGACGAUGACGAUGAGAACGACAGUUACGAUCCUCAGCAUGUCACGGUGCCGUUAACUCUCUGUCUCGCUAUUAUGGUGGGGUAUAUUUGGGGCGGCGCAGUUCUGUUUUCGAUAUGGGAAGAUUGGAAUAUGUUGGAUGGUUCUUACUUCUGCUUCGUCUCUUUGUCAACCAUAGGUUUCGGUGACAUCGUCCCUGGCGACAAAAUCUACUCUGGGCAAGGUCUCGAUUUGUCUUUUAUCUUCUGUUCUAUGUACCUGAUGCUUGGAAUGGCACUGAUCGCUAUGUGUUUUAAUCUCAUGCAAGAGGAGGUAAUCGCCAAGAUACGUAGCCUAAUGCGGAUCAUCAAAUACAUCUUCAGAUGUGAAAGAUGACGCACGAGUUUUCAUUGUGAGUCUGCACUACUGCUAUAUAAUCGCUACCAUCUGGUGGCUGUUUUGCAUGAGACAGAAUAACAGGAAAGAAUUCUUUAUUACAAGAUCGAGAAUAUGGAAAAUGUAACGGACAAUCGAGAAACUGCAAGCUACCUCACCCUUUGUCAGACAAGAGAAAAACUCCGAAAA